UUUAAUUGCGCUCUGAACCGCAAUUUUGCCCAUACGACUCAUUUCCGAACUGCCGUUUAUCGUUCAUCUGUUUUUCGGUUGGCACGCUGACGCGCGGAGCAACUUUCGCAGCGCUGAAGCGAGACACAGCUCGUGCUGGCAUUACAGUGCUCCUGCAGCGCUGCAGAGCCGUCGCGCGGAGUAUAGCAUGGCGCAAGACCGGCCGCCCGCCCCGCCCUUCCCCCGCGACGAGGUCGACCCGAAGACGGCGAUCGGCUCCGCGCGAAACCAGCAGCCCUUCGUCGAGUACUUCGCGCGCGCGCCGCCGGAGAGCGGCACGAAGGGCACGUGGCCCAAGCCCGAGGCCUUCGAGGCGGCGCCGAAGCCGCCCGCGCCGCCCUCUUCAAAACGCGAGGCGUCCGUGCUGUUCGUCGGCCUGGCGUGUGUUGAUGUUGUGAUGAGUGUAGACAAGUACCCGACGGAGGACACGUGCUGCCGCGCGUCGAGUAUGCGACGGUGCCGCGGCGGCAACGCGUCCAACUCCGCGGUCGUCGCGCGCGCCUGCGGCGUCGAUGCGACGUGGCUCGGGACGUGUCCUCGGCGAGACUCGAUGGAUUCAAAUUUUAUAGUAGGUGAUCUCGAGGCCUGCGGCGUGAAAACGGCGCCCGUCUUUCGGGAUGCGGUCGAGCACGCGCCCACGUCACAUAUAGUCCACAACACUUGCACAUCCUCUCGGACGAUCGUCCACUGCCGGGGCGCGUUGGACGAGUUGCGGGAGAGCGACUUUCCUGAACCGGAUUUCGAUUGGGCGCACUUCGAGGGCCGCGCGGGGAACGCGGACGUUUUACGGGAAGCGAUGCGGCGGUAUAGAGAAGCGGGUACCACAGUCUCGCUCGAGCUCGAGAAGCUGGACGAAAGUCUCGAUUCGUUAGAAGACGAAGCUGACGUUGUCUUGUACUCGAAAGAACGCGCCGAGCGGGACGGCUAUCGAGAUCCGGUCAAAUUCUUAGCGAGAAAAGCCUCGGACUUUUGUAAAAGGGGCCAAGCCCAAAAGAUCAUGACCUGCGCCUGGGGCGAGCACGGCGCCGCGGCCUGCGCCGUCGAGGGUUUGACGAUCCUGAUUUUGAGAGCAGGUGCUCUGAAGACGGACGUCGUCGACACGGUCGGCGCCGGCGACUCCUUCAACGGCGCCUUCGUGGCGGCGCUGGCGUCGGGCGACGAUGGGGGCAACGACGGCGCGCUGGGGCGGGCGCUGCGCGUCGCUAGUCAUGUCGCGGGGCAGAAGGUCGGGCGCGUGGGCUUCGCGGGCUUGCGGUACCCGUCCGUGGCCGAUUGUUCCGAGAUAUGGCUCGAGGUCGCGGCGCAGUGUGGGAGUAAGUAACAUGUC